AUGACCACAAUAUCAGCCUUACGCCUCAUGGUUGCAGCAAUAUUCAUCGUGAUCACUACUGCAUUUCUUCGUCUCCUCUAUAUCCUACCCAUAUCUUCUACUCUUCGACAUGGACGCACCAUCAAGCACCUCAAAACUAAACUCUCACAUAUGGUGGUUGUCCUUGGAUCAGGCGGCCACACGGCAGAAAUGAUGUCGCUGCUUCGAGACAUUGAUCCAAGGAGAUAUGCGCAUCGAACAUACAUCGUAUCGUCUGGAGAUAGCUUCUCUGCUGGCAAAGCUGCGGAAAUUGAGAGAAUCAUUCAGUCGAAGCACGUACAAUCGUUCUCUGCACCAACAAAGGCGGGAGAAGCCCAUUCUAUGACAGGAACAUGGGAUCUUGUGAUUGUACCACGAGCACGGAAGAUACACCAACCUCUCUAUACUACGCCCUUUUCCUCAUUGUGGUGCUUGAUAGGCUGCCUGCAAGCUUUACAUGCGACUUCCAAAGCAUCUAGAACCACGCCUUAUGAGUAUCCCGAUGUUGUUAUCACAAAUGGACCGGCUACAGCUGUCAUGGUAAUCUUGGCAGCAACUAUUUUGAAGUUGUUUGCAGUGGCACCGGCACAGAAAAUGAAAAUCAUCUACGUCGAGAGCUGGGCGAGAGUGAAGACUCUAAGUUUAAGUGGGAAAGUUCUUUUGUGGACUGGGAUCUGUGACAAAUUUCUUGUGCAGUGGGAAUCAUUGGCAAAGAAGAUCAAUGGAACAGGAACUAGAAGGAAGGUCGAGUGGAAGGGUUUCCUGGUCGAGUAA